GCCCCAGCCUCCCAGAAAGCGCUGCACCCUCUCCAGCAGUGCCCCGGAAGUGCUUCUGCCCUCAGUAAAGAUGGCCAUAGCGCUGGCUAUGAGGAGGCGGGGCUGCGUCUGCGCAGCAAGUUAGGCGGAGAAGAUGGCGGAUGACAAGGAUUCUGUACCCAAGCUUAAGGACCUGGCAUUCCUCAAAAACCAGCUGGAAAGCCUACAGCGACGUGUGGAAAGUGAGGUCAACAGUGGCGUGAGCCAGGAUGGCUCACUCUUGUCCUCCCCAUUCCUCAAGGGAUUCCUGGCUGGCUAUGUGGUAGCCAAACUGAGGGCGUCAGCCGUAUUGGGCUUUGUUGUGGGCACCUGCACUGGCAUCUACGCAGCUCAGGCAUACGCUGUGCCCAACGUGGAGAAGACAUUGAGGGACUAUUUUCGGUCACUGCGUAAGGGGCCAGACUAGUUCUGGAUCCCAUGGGGGAGGCAGGAUGAGUAGCUGGGGCCUGCAAGUAGAGGCCUUUCAAUCACAGACACUCUGUUUGGCUUCCCUGGCUGCUACCCAUUGGCUUUUUUCAACUUCCCUGCUACCUUCAUCUUUGCUUCCCUUCCUGCAGAGGGUGGGUGGUGGCUUGUCAGCCUGCACCUUGGACUCCUUCUUCCCUCCCUAACUCCAUGGUACUGUUCCCAAGACUGUGGCUUCGAGGGCCAGCAGCCCCUUCUUCUCCCAGCCCUGAGCUCCCAGUCUGCAGCCGACUCUCAUCUUCAGUAUUCUCUCUGGCGAUGUGCCACGGCUCCUCCCUCCUGCGCAUCAGCUCCAUAACUUGAUUUCCCCCAAACAUUGCAACUCCCGCUGUCCCUUGCUAGGUAUACAGGCCACUCAG